AAUUUACAUAUAUCCGAUAUUGGUAUUGCAUUGAUCACAAAACAAGUAUUGUUUACUUGUUCGACGAGCAAAUAUUUCAUGAGUCACCUUCGUUUCCAGCUAAACAUGUUACUUUGUUCUGUAACAAAUGUUACCAUUGAGAAAGAAAUGUUAGUAUUUUAUUAUUAAGACCUCCAUAUAAAAACGAAAGAGAAUGAUACAAUUAGGAAUAUAUAAAUAUUUAUAUCUGCUGUGACAAAUUUCUGAAUGAGGAGGUCACAUUUAUUAGAGAACUACUUAGUGGAAAUAUUUAUUUGGAGAAAAUUCCUGAUAAAAAUAUAAAUUUGAUUGAUCUGUUUGCACAGAAUACUUUGAUUGGCUUUCUCGAGCAAGUUACAAUUGCGCAUAUUCAUCAUCGGAUUUCUGGACAUCAUCAUGAAUGAUUAAGCAAAGGAAAGAGAAGGUCAUAAUGAACAUCAAGUUGAUGUUUGCAUUCCAACUAAUAUAUCCCUCACUCCCGAUGGUGUUGGCGUUAUCAUUGUCACUACUAUUUCAGUGUUUAUAUACGUUAUUAUGGGAUUCCGAGACUUUAGACGUUAGACACCACAAACGAUGUAUUCAUCGGACACUUUAUUCUUGUGUGUGAAUUCAGAUUCAGUGUUUCAAAUUCUCCAUGACAAUUUCUAGGAGUGCUCUAGUUGAAAUACAAGUGUAUAAACUUGUCACCUAACAAGUAAUAAUGUCCUAAUUUUCCCUUUUCAAGUAUCUUGACUCUCUGGGCAUAUAUCCACCUGAAAAAUAUAUUUUCACAACGUCAAUGGCCUCAUAUGGAGUUUUGACAAUUAUAAGUCAGUGGUUUUGGUGCAUUAUGAUGGGAAGACGAUUUGCACAGAAGUCAUUUCAGUCAAAGAUCAGUAAAAUGCUCUCUAUCAUGACAACUACAAUGUUUACAAUAUCAGGUUCAUCCAUCAUAAUAUUGUCGUUUAUUGAUACAAGAAGUUACGAUGACAUUCACUACUACUUGGCCCUACUGACUUUUGGUAGUCAUGCUGCAGCCAUUCCAUUAGGCACUUUACUUGUAUUACUCGUUUUCCGUCCAUGGAUAUGGUUUUGCUUAGGAAGAAUAAUUAUUUUACUCCAGAUGAUAAUUGGGUCAUAUUUUUUUGUACAUUUCAAUGAAGCCGGUCAGUUAGUUGAAGAGGCAGAAGAUAUAUAUUACAUCAAAAAACAUGAACCUGGCUACGAGGAAUUUAAAUGGAGUGCACUGAGUGAAUGGUUUGUUGUUAUGGGGUUCUUAGAAAUCACAUUGAUUACUGGUUUUGAACUACGAAGCUACGAGAAGCAACGUGUCAAUAGGCAGAAAAUGUCUUCAGGGGAAGAAGGAGUUUAAUUCUCUUUUGAAUAUAUCAUUGUGUUUACUUUCGAUCUUAUUGUGUAUGUGUACAUGUUGGAUUUUAAAUUGUUACUCCUCAUGAAAUAUUUCCUCCUACAUAGUUGAGAAAUAUAUUUCUUCAAGCAAUUCAUUGUCCAAGACAAAAGGUACAUAUAACUCAAUUCUUCAUACCUCUAUAAUUUUGAGAAUAUAUUGUUACUAACAAAAAUGAAAUGAUUGCCUUAUAU